AUGCCUGUUAGAUGGAACUCUACAUAUUUGAUGCUUAAGGCAGUUAUCCGAGACAGAGUUCAGUUCAAUGGUUUUAUUAAUGCAAAUUAUGGGGUUGAACCUCUAAUUAGCGAAGAAACUUGGCAUGUUAUUACAGCAUUGGCUGCAUUUCUUGAGUUGUUCUAUGAUGCAACAGUUACUUUGUCUGGGGUUUAUUACCCGACAUCUCCUUUGAUGGUGCAUACCCUAUUAGACAUUGCUAGUCAUUUGAAAGCAUAUGAAGGGGAUGCAUUGUUACUUAAUGUUGUUGCUGACAUGAAAACCAAGUAUCUAAAAUAUUGGCAGCAAAUUCCACUGUUGUAUGCAUUUGCAUUUAUCUUGGAUCCUAGAGCUAAACUUGAAGGGUAUCGUAGUGCACUCAAUGUACUAUAUGCAUCCCUAAGUUUAGAUUAUACUGACGACUUCAAUAAGGCUCAUGAGAAGCUUUUUGAAGUUUUUGCUAAGUAUGAGGAAAAAUAUGCCGGAGUUCGAAUGCAACGACCUCCACCAGCACCUACUGCAGGUAAAAAGAGAGGAGCAUGGAGCAAGAUCUUUGGUUCUUCAUCCUCCUCGACCGCCGGAAGCUCUUCCACGUCAACAUCUGUGCUUCAAGGUGGCGGGGAGUUAGCGAAGUACCUCAACAGUGACAAAGACAUGUACGAUUUAGAUAGUGAGGAAGACUUCAACUUACUACAGUGGUGGCAAGAACACAAGCUUACAUUUCCGGUGCUCUCCAUAUUAGCACGUGAUGUGUUAUCGGUGCCUGUUUCUACGGUGUCAUCGGAGUUUGCUUUCAGCCUUGCUGGAAGAAUAAUUGAGGAGAGAAGAACUAGUCUCUCCCCUGAUAUGGUGAGAACACUGAUGUCCGUCAAAGAUGGGGAGUUAUCAAGAAGGAGAGCGCAACACACUGCAGAAAACACAGAACUACUAGCCAUGUUUGAAGAAAUGAACUUUGAAGAAGACCCGGAAGAAUAG